CACAAAAUCUCAGCCUAAACCUCAGUCGAGGAGGGCAAACGGCACCGGCACUCACUCAACACACUGUAACUGAACAAAAAAAUUCAUGGAAUCGUAGUCCAAUUCAACCAUUAACAUAUUGCGCUUAAACACUUUAUCUUUUUAGCGGCAGAGAAUGACGAUUCCGACCACUUUCAGCCGGCCAAUUAGCUCUUUCAAUUCCAUCACUUCGCCCUCUUUCUGUUUCUUUAAACCUAAUUUUAUUUCUGCGGCCACCUCCUCCAAUUAUCAGCGUUUGGUUGUUAGUUGCUGUGCUGCUGAAGAGGGUCUCUCCUCGAGGCAACCGCAGAUUUCAUCUAUACCUAUGCCUCCUUAUAGUGUAGCAUUAAAUGGUAGUAGCACACAGAAAUCCACAUAUAAAUGGCGUCGGGUGUUGCUGAAAGUAAGUGGGGAGGCACUUGCUGGUGACCGAACUCAAAAUAUCGACCCAAAGAUAACAAUGUCUAUUGCAAGGGAGGUUGCAUCUGUUACUCGGCUUGGUAUUGAGGUUGCAAUUGUUGUUGGUGGUGGGAAUAUCUUUCGUGGGGCUUCUUGGACAGGGAGCAGUGGCCUUGAUCGCUCUUCUGCCGAUUACAUCGGGAUGUUAGCAACGGUCAUGAAUGCAAUAUUCUUGCAAGCUACAAUGGAGAGCAUCGGCAUCCCAACAAGAGUCCAGACAGCUUUUCGCAUGUCAGAAGUUGCGGAGCCCUAUAUACGAAGACGAGCUGUCAGACAUUUAGAGAAAGGAAGAGUUGUAAUUUUUGCAGCCGGAACUGGGAAUCCCUUCUUCACAACAGAUACUGCUGCAGCCCUUCGCAGUGCAGAGAUUAAUGCUGAGGUGGUGCUUAAAGCUACAAAUGUUGAUGGAGUAUACGACGAUGAUCCUAGGUUCAAUCCUAACGCGCGUCUGCUUGAAACUCUGACUUACCAAGACGUAACUUCAAAGGAACUGUCUGUAAUGGAUAUGACUGCAAUUACUUUGUGUCAAGAGAACAACAUUCCAGUUGUGGUGUUUAAUCUGAAUAAACCGGGUAACAUAUCAAAGGCCAUCAGAGGUGAGAAUGUGGGCACACUGAUUGGAGGAACUCAGAGAUGAUCGGUGACAACUGACAACCAAUGUCUUGAAGAGGACACUUUUUGUGUAUGUGAUUUAUCAUCUUUGGCUUUAGCUUAAAACUUUAGAACUCAGUAUACGUUAUUCUUGUAGUGGUCUGUCUUUCUGCAGUUGAAUUGAACUUUGAGGGUCCUUAGCAUUUUCAUGGAUUGCUGGCAAUUUAAUUUUACCACUGUAAAUAAUAUGACAUUUAAGAUUUUGGUCUA